AUGGUUUCUAUCACACAGCAAGAUGACUAUAAGAAAGUCGCCCUUGAUACCUCCGGACCAACGAAUGCAUGCGACACUAGUUCAAUCCAAAGAGCUUCAAUCUACAUGACCAACGGGCAAACCAAGCGUGGUCUAUCUCCACGUCAUGUACAACUAAUGGCCAUUGCAGGCAGCAUUGGCACUGCUCUAUUUGUUGGUAUUGGUGGUGCACUAUCUAAAGCCGGCCCGCUCUCCUUAUCGCUUGGAUAUCUAUUCUGGAGCAUGUUCUUUAUUCUACCAUGCACACUAAGCGUUGCAGAGAUGUGUGCAUAUCUUCCUAUCCGGGGAAGCAUCUUUGAGCUCGCCAGUCGCUUUGUCGAUCCUGCUCUUGGCUUCUCCAUGGGCUGGACAUACUUUUACGGCGGUGUUAUGCUGGUUUGUGUGGAGUAUAGUGCUGUUGCUACAGUAAUGCAGUAUUGGAAUACUUCCAUCAACGCAGGUGUAUGGGUUGCAAUGGCUCUGGUCGUCUGCUUCCUGCUGAAUGUGAUUGCCGUCAAGUGGUAUGGAGAGUCUGAGUUUAUCAUGGCAUCAACAAAGGUCAUUUUGAUCAUCGGCCUCAUUUUGCUUACUUUCGUCACUAUGUGUGGUGGUAACCCUCGAGGCGACGCUUACGGCUUUCGGUACUGGGGCGGCGGGAACGCGAUGCACGCCUAUUAUACUGAUGGGGCAGCUGGUCGAUUCCUCGGAUUCUGGUCUGUAGUCAUUUACGCUGCAUUCACCAUUGGUGGCCCUGACCUAAUCUGCUUCACUGCUGGCGAAAUCCAGAAUCCCCGGAAAACUAUACCCCGAGUCGCUCGCUUGAUAUUUUAUCGACUGGCAUUCUUCUAUGUCGUUGGAGUAUUUGCCGUUGGAAUCCUCUGCUCAAGUCGUGAUGAGCGGUUAUUGAAUGCUUUAGGCGGUGGAGCUUCUGGAGCCGCAGCUUCGCCCUGGGUUAUCGGCAUCCAGAAUCUCGGUAUACAUGGUUUACCUGAUGUCCUGUGGGAACGCGUACCUGUACUCCACGUCUCGCUCCUUGUAUGGGCUUGCUCGCGAUGGACUCGCUCCCAAGCUGUCACUUUGCUCUCUUGCCUCUCAUUCCUCGUCGUUUCAAAUUCCUCUGUUACAGUUUUCUACUGGUUCGUUGAUCUUACCACGGGUGGAUUUGUCUAUGUCUACACUUGCAUGCUCUUAACAUUCAUCGGGUGGCAUCGCGCCUUGAAAGCUCAGCCCGACACUGUCCCGGAGUCGUCAUUGCCGUACCUAUCACCGUUCAGGCCUUAUGGUGCUUAUUUUGCAUUUGUUUUGGGUUGCAUCUUUCUUCUCUUUAUCGGUUGGGACACAUUCUCGCCCUUUGAUGUUGAAGGAUUUAUAACCUACUAUUUCGCCACUGCAUUCGGCCCGUUGAUGUUUGUGAUUGGGAAGCUCGCGAAGAAAACGAAAUGGGUGAAGCCUGCUCAAGCAGACCUUAUCACUGGAAAAGCCGAAGUUGACGAAGAAUGUCAAGUAUGGGAAGAUCCUGCGGCAAUUGAGAAUGAGAAACUGCGCUUGCAACAGAUGAACUGGCUUCGAAGAUUCUGGGAGAGACUUUGGUAG